ACUUGGGUUUCACUUGAAAAUAUAAAAAAAUUAAGGAACAAUAUUUCCGUUGAGUAAUAUUUCUUAAAAAAUACAAGAGCUGGCUAUUUUAAGAAAUAUGCCAUGUUAUAAUUAAGGUUCAAGUACAUGUAGUUUUCUCCCACCUGGCCGUUUCAACGUUACCAGCAGAACAGUCCGAACGUGUUAUGUUUACCAAGUUGUCUAUCACCCCAAAUAAAGUGUCAGAGGAACACACACAAUAACGGUAUUUUCUUUAGUACUCCGGUUUUAUCCGUAGUAGUUCAGCGCGACAGGAUAUAUGCACGCAUCCUGUCUUUUUAAAAAAAAUGUACAUCCAUGGAGUUUAAAGCAGUGCCAAUACUUUGUAUAAGUUAUCCAAAAUAAGUGGCCACUACACGCAGAACAACGUGUAAAACGAAUUCGCACGGUAAUUAAAGUUUUGAGCGAACUGACCGUUGCACAAAUGAAGCUGAAGAAGGAUUUAUGGGGGGGGGGGGGUUAAUUUGUUUUUAAAGCGGUGCAUUCUUUUACACGUCUGGCUGCUGGUGGGCAGCAUUCAAAACACGACGUUCCCCCGUCCUGGCCUGCUUCGUUUUGCUUCCGCAGGCCACAAAACCCAGCCCCCUUUUUGCCAAGACCGGAUUUGGUCAAUCUUUCCCACCCCCGAAAAGCGAGAGAGACACAAAAACAAAACCUUUUCAGCCAAGCAAACUGCAUUUUUCAGUAACAGCUGCCGGGCGCUGGCAUUACUUCUGGUUUAUAACAACAAGCAUAAUGGCUAUGAAAACUACUAGGUUCAGGCCAACAGGAGUGGGCAGAGCGCAAGCAUUGGACAGAAAGAAUUCACAAGGAAGCAGCGAAUCUUCAUUCGAUGGCAGUAGUUCAUAUUUUGAACCAGCAAGGAAGUACUACUUAUUUAUUUACUCCCUCAUGCAGUUCCUUGGACAUUCUUGGGUAUUUGUCAACAUGACCGUUCGCAUGCUUCAUUUUGGAGAAGACUCAAUGAUAGAUACUUUUUACGCAAUCGGCGAAGUGAUGAGUUACUGUCAAGCUUUGUCGCUUCUGGAGGUAAUCAAUUCGCUACUGGGCCUCUCGAAAAGUGCUCUCAUCCCCACGAUUUUACAGGUGCUCAGUAGAAACCUUCUGCUGUUUGUCGUAAUCUGGAACCAAGAGGAGCUUCAAAACACAGUGGUGGUGUUUGCGGUGUUCUACUUGUGGAGCUCCAUUGAAAUAUUCAGGUACCCAUAUUACAUGCUUGCCAGCCUGAGCAUGGAGUGGGAGCUCCUUACAUGGCUUCGCUACUCCUUCUGGCUUCCACUCUGCCCGCUGGUCUUGUUUGCUGAAGUGAUUUGCGUCCUGCAGUCCCUUGAACAUUUUGAGCACUCGGGAGAGGUUUUCCUGAAUUUCCAGGAGCCACUUAACAUAUCAGCACUGUUUCCUUACGUACUCUACACUUAUUUGCUACUAAUAUUGCCACUCAGGUUUAUCGUCAAUUCCCAUUAUCUUUACAAGCAAAGACAGAAGAACUUGGAAAUGCUUAAACAAAAGUUCCAGUAACUAUGCACACAUUGCCAAGUGCCACGUAAUUACACCUUUUUUUUCAAAAUACUGUAUAGACCUCAACUUGUGAGGAACCAAAAAUUGCGGAUCUUGUUAUCUGCAAAAUUAUCUCUGAAUUUACUCCCUUUAUCCACAGGAAAAAUGUACAGAUAACCGUGGAUAAUCAGUGAUUUUUCACCCACAUCCCAUUAGUCAAGAACAUUUGCGGACAAUAGGAAAUAAUUCCGCAAUGAUCUUUGGGACAAUUGGAAGAUUAGGGUCACAAUAGUUUUCACACACCCUACUGCUGCCACAGAUAAUAGGAGUUAUGGGUAAUAGGGUCAAAUAUGAAUUAGUUAUUUUCACUGUAUAUAACCUUUUAUGAAACACAUCACAAACUGAAAUUGAGAAGUGUUUACUACAGUUAUGCAGUUUUACAUUGAAUAAAAAGUACAGUAUUACUGCAAUACUUUUAGACAUAUAGUGAAUCUUGAAUACAUGUAUAUUUUUGUUAAUCGGCCUAUUCACUGCCGUCAAUUUGAACAAUUGUCACGAUAUGGGGUCGUGACUCAUUUCUACUUCUCGUCUGUAUGGUGGAUUUUCUUUGCUUAACUGCAUAAAAAUCGGUCGUAAUUGAAUGUAUGUAUCACCAUAUACCUAAUCUUUUUAUAUGGAGCAGUUGUCACAUACCAGAACCAAUUUUCAACAGCUUUUGACAAACCAUUGCCUUUUUUUUCAAAUAGUGCCUAUUACAUUGAACACAGAUUUAUAUUUGUGCAAAAAUCUUACGAUUUUUAGUUACCGUAGCUGCAUUUCGUUCUGUUUAUAAGGGCUGUAUUUUCAAUUUUCAGUGCAAACCGCAUACAAUUAAAACUUCAUUUGUAGAAAAUGUUAUAAGCAUAUAGCACUGAAAUACAGUACUCUUUGCAUGCUUCACAUUAAACACGGCUUAACAAAAUUGCUCUCGAAAUUGAAGUUCAAAAUAUGUAAAAUUUGCUCAAUUACCGUAAUGAUAAAGCAAGACGAAAGUUUAUUUUCAGGAUAGUAAAUACACGUGGUUUAACUACAACGCAGGACUGUAAAUGGUUAUGAAGUGUUGAUUCAAAACAUCCAAUUCUUAACCAAAAUGCUCCACAGUACUCGUACUGUAGUGUGCCACUAUUAAAUGCAUCUUUAGUUUUCAAAAUGAAACGGAAGUGAGUAGAGUACCGUUAUCAUUUCCUGGACUCUUAUAACAACUUUGGUCAUUGUACAGUGAGGUUAGCAUUGCAAUUGCUGGGUGUGUGACCAUUACAGACAGCUCGAGAGAAGGCAGUGAUGGAAUACUACAACCGUUAUGUCUCUAACUAAAAUAAAUACACGAAUUAUAUUUUACCAGGUAAGGCCCACUGAGCUAUUUGGCUGUGAUUCAGAAGCGACCUGGCCACAAAUGACAGCUCAAUGAAGUGGCUUAUGUGUACAUUUACAGCAGCCAAACACCAUAAACGCAUGUUGAUUCUAAAUGUGGAGGGAAAAACCGUAGGACUCGGAGAAAAAUCCACACGACCACGGGGGAUAACAUGCAAACUCCACAUGUACAUGCGUCGGACUUGGGAUGGAACCCACGAUCUCUUGUAUACCCCAAUGACACACCAGUACUUGCACAGAGAGCUUGCAACUCAUUGUUUAUGCGAUGGGUACAGAGUACAUACUCGCACGGUAUUGGUAGCUUACAUUGUUGGUGCUCAUUUUGCAGUAUUGAAACCGAAAUGGCAACGUUCUUUGUGCUCUUUUCACGUGGAAAUAAAAAAAACAUGCAGUUUAUAUCUACA